GGAGUGACCGGAUAUUUUCUUUGUGUCACCAGUAUGUCAGUUGUUGAUCCUUGGAGAUGAAAGAAUAUCUCAUCCCAGCUGGAAACGUGCUUUGUCUCUGAAAUGAAGUUUCUGUUGUAACUCGGUAAAACCCCACUUGAACCGGGGUGCUGAGGACACACCAGCAUUUGUUCACAGGAGAUCAGUUCUUCAGCUGUGUUGAUUGUACCAGGGAGUCACUACGGCUGACAUCUGACCAUGAAUUGAGGGAGAACUGUGGGGAGAGAUUCACUCACUCAUUCCACACAUAGACACACCUGCGAUUUCACACUGAUGAGAUGCCGUUCACCUGCUCUGAUUGUGGGAAGGGAUUCACUCGGUCAUCCAACCUGCAGAGACACAAACGAGUUCACACUGGGAAGAGGCCGUUCACCUGUUCAGUCUGUGGGAAGGGAUUCACUCAGUCAUCUGCCCUACUGGCACACCAACAAAUUCACACUGGGGAGAGGCCAUUCACUUGUUCUGGAUGUGGAAAGGGAUUCACUCAAUCAUCUGCCCUACUGGUACACCAGCGAAUUCACACUGGAGAAAGGCCAUUCACCUGCUCUGAAUGUGGGAAGAGAUUCAAUCGGUCAUCUGAAUUGAAAGUACAUCAGCGAAUUCACACUGGGGAGAGGCCCUUCACCUGCUCGGACUGUGGGAAGGGAUUCACUCAGUCAUCCCACCUGCAGACACACCAGCGAGUCCACACUGGGGAGAGGCCAUUCAUCUGCUCAGACUGUGGGAAGGGAUUCACUCACUUAUCCAGCUUACAGAGGCACCAGCGAGUUCACACUGGGGAGAGGCCAUUUAUCUGCUCAGACUGUGGGAAGGGAUUCACUCAGUCAUCCCAGCUACAGGCGCAUCAGCGAGAUCACAUUGGAGAGAGGCCAUUCAUCUGCUCAGACUGUGGGAAGGGAUUCACUCAGUCAUCCCUCCUACAGACACAUCAACGAGUUCACACUGGAGUGAGACCGUUCACCUGUUUGGAAUGUGGGAAGAGAUUCACUCAGUCAUCUCACCUACAGACACACCAGUCAGUUCACACUGGGGAGAGGCCGUUCACCUGUUCAGUCUGUGGAAAGGUGUUCAGUCACUCAUCCAGCCUACAGAGACACCAACGAGUUCACACUGGAGAGAGGCCAUUCACCUGUUCAGUAUGUGGGAAGGGAUUUACUCAAUCAUCUGACCUACUGGUACACCAUCGAGUCCACACUGGGGAGAGACCUUUCAUCUGCUCGGAAUGCGGGAAGAGAUUCACUCAGUCGGCCAACCUUGUGGCACACUACCGAGUUCACACUGGGGAGAAAGUUUAAAUAAGUUGUGUGUGGGAUAUUUCACCAUUCCGGUUGCUGAAUCCAGAGUUAAUUUCACAAGUGACUGUUGGUGUCGAGCACUGAAAUUAUUUUUGCUGUUCGUCAAACCCCAUUCUGUACCCUGGUCACUGGGAUUGGAGAAGUUUCAUCCAACUCUGUUCUGCAGUCUGGUAACUGGCAUUGGAGAAGUUUCAUCAAACACAAUUCUGAACCUGGUCAUGGGGAUGGAGAGAAGUUUCAUCAAACCCAGUCCUGCACCUAGCACUGGAAUAAAGAGAAGUUUCAUCAAACCCAGUUCUACACCCUGGUCUCUAGGUGUGGGAUGAGUUUUUUCAAACCCCAUUCUGCACCCCGGUCUCUCGGCAUGGGAUGAGUUUUUUCAAACCCCAUUCUGCACCCUGGUCUCUGCGCAUGGGAUGAGUUUUGUCAGACCCCGCUCUGCACCCCGGUUUCUGGGCAUGGGAUGAAUUUGUCAAUCCCCAUUCUGCAGCCCGGUCUCUUGGCAUGGGAGGAGUUUUGUGAAGCCCCAUUCUGCACCCCGGUCUCUGGGUGUGGGAUGAGUUUUGUCAAACCCCGCUCUGCUCCCUGGUUUCUGGACAUGGGAUGAAUUCGUCAAACCCCAUUCUGCAGCCUGGUCUCUUGGCAUGGGAUGAGUUUUGUCAAACCCCGUUCUGCAUCCCGGUCUCUGGGUGUGGGAGGAGCUUUGUCAAACCCCGUUCUGCACCCUGGUCUCUGGGCAUGGGAUGAGUUUUGUCAAACCCUGUUCUGCACCCUGGUCUCUGGGCAUGGGAUGAGUUUUGUCAAACCCCGUUCUGCACCCCAGUUUCUGGGCAUGGGAUGAGUUUUGUCAAACCCUGUUCUGUAUCCUGGUCUCUGGGUGUGGGAGGGGUUUUUCAAACCGCGGUCUCUGGGCAUGGGAUGAGUUUUGUCAAACCCCGUUCUGCACCCUGGUCUCUGGGCAUGGGAUGAGUUUCGUCAAACCCCGUUCUGCACCCUGGUCUCUGGGCAUGGGAUGAGUUUCGUCAAACCCCGUUCUGCACCCUGGUCUCUGGGCUUGGGAUGAGUUUUGUCAAACCCCGUUCUGCACCCCGGUCUCUGGGUGUGGGAGGAGCUUUGUCAAACCCCGUUCUGCACCCUGGUCUCUGGGCAUGGGAUGAGUUUUGUCAAACCCCGUUCUGCACCCCAGUUUCUGGGCAUGGGAGGAGUUUUGUCAAACCCUGUUCUGUAUCCUGGUCUCUGGGUGUGGGAGGGGUUUUUCAAACCGCGGUCUCUUGGCAUGGGAUGAGUUUUGCCCGGUCCCUGUGUCACAAUGGGGGCACUGGUAGAUGGUGGACCCAAAUGCAAGACACAGACACUGAAGUACAAGGAACAGGACUUGACUAGAGUAGGGACGUGACAGAAUACAGACAAGGAGCAGGGACAAGAACGCAGACUAGGGCUAGGACAUGGACUAGACUCAAGGAACUAUGAACUAGGGGUCUGGGCUUGGUCUCCGAGCCAGAAACUGGACAAGGACCCAGGACCUGGGUCUUGCCUCGGGCUCGGACCCCAGAACUAGGCAAGGACAUGACAUGGCUACCGGAAAGGACGUGGCUGUGGUCUUGGCUCUUAAGGCUUGAGGUUAGGGUCUUGGCUCUUGAGGCUGCGGUUUUGGCUCUUGAACUUGGAGGCUGGGGUCUUGGUCCUGAGGCUUAAGCUUGGCGACAGGCUGGGAUCUUGGUCUUGAGGCCUGCAGGCUGGGGUCUUGGGUCUUGGGACGAGGGUACUUUGAAGUAGGGUAUGGACUCCAAGCCAGAGACUGGGCAAGGACCCAGAACCUGGGACUUGACUCAGGCUCGGACUCCAGAACAAGGCGAGGACAAGAUGAGGCUACAGGACUGGGCAUGGCUUGGGUGUGGAAGUCCUGGGUAGCACGAGACACAAGGACAGGUAAAGGCACAUGGACAGGACUCAGUACUGGACUAGGCACGGACUGGGCGAGGGCCUUCAGGAACACGGAGCCUUGGACUAGAAGAGACAGGAGCACAGAACACAGAGCCAGGACCCCUCCUUGGGAACAGGACAUAGGGCCGGGACUCACACACACAACACAGAGCGAGGACCCCUCCUUGGGAACAGGACGUUGGGCCGGGACUCGUACACAGAACACUGAACAUGAAGAGAUGGAUCCCAUCACAACAAAUGGCCGGACCCACCUAGCGAAGGCGUGGACAUAGAGACAGAUCCCAACACUAGGUAGUGGCAAACAGCUGGACCUACAUAGCAAAGGUGUGGACACAGACAAUUCCACACAACGAAAGACAGUUCCUUAUCUCGACCUAACAAGGCUCCGGUCUUGCUGUGGCGGUAAGACUUCAGCGAUACAGGGGGGGUAUACAGGCUAGGUGAGCAGGCAGAUAGUCAGGUGAGCUAUCCAGGCAGAGAGUCAGGCGAGUGGGGGAAAGACAGGGAGGGGAACAGGUCAAUCCAACAGGAAAUCCCUGGUUUGCAGAGGUGUUUAUGUCUCAGCCUCAAAAUGAGAAACAUGCCCACAACAGAAACUGGGGAAAACCAGAAACCCCGGAACAAGGAACCAUGGACUGGACUGGGAACCGAACACAGACUUCACGGACCGGACUAUGACACUCUGGGCAUGGGAGGAGUUUUGUCAAACCCCGUUCUGCACCCCGGUCUCUGGGCAUGGGAGGAGUUUAUUCUGCUGAUGUAGGACACAUCACAUUAAGAUGCAGGAUUUAUGUUUAGGAUCACUUUUAGUGAUAGGAUAUAAAUGUUGGUUACCUGAAGACCAGAGGCAGAACAGCCACUCUCAGCAUGUUUGGUGGGUGGUUUGCUCUUGUGGAUGCUGGUGUCGAGAUGAUGUGUUAAAACACCUGAAUAAUAGCUGCAGAUUUAGCUGAUUCUCAGAUGGUGAGUGUCACAACCAUAGAUCUGGCAGCGCCGCAGAUAUGGCAAUUGUGCUAAUGAAUAUGCACGUGUCAGCUAAUUAUUAUUUCAUUGUGAUAGUAUUUCACUGCACUCUUCCCGUCAUAGUGCUUGUUGAAACUUGAACCCAGCGCAACAAUGCUUCGCUGCUUGCUUGCAUUUGGCCUUGCCUGUGAAAUUGAACUGUUGAGUCAACUUACUAUGAAGAAUAGCGGUCUUCGUUUUAUAUUUAUUUGUUCUUUUCAGCCGCAGUGUAGGCUUCAUUUCCCAUUUGAGAGUUUUAGUUAACGGCCCUGUUUGGCCUAGUGUUUAUUGUUUUAUUUUCCCGUUAACACUCUUCGCAUUAAAAUCUGUGAACUAUCGACCUGCUUCAGUGUCUCUCACUCCGCAUUUGGGACAUAUCCGCAAACGGUGACAGCAAGUCUCGAACACACAAAGAUGGACCCAAUAGAGAGAGAGCAUCUGACCUUGGCCAUAAGAGUUAUUGGUCAGGUGGGCGAUAGGCUACAGGCAAUGUAAUCUGUUUUCAGUGAAGUUACUGAAGCAACGAGGCAGAUGAUCUCGUGCCGACAAGCCCAGUCUCACUUGGAGGAACAGCUAUCAUCACUAGCCGCUCACCACAGACAAUCAGGCUCGGGUGUCUGCGAUUUCCGCACUCACGGCCGCUGUCCACGAACUUACUGUGAACAACCAACAUCACCUGACAGCCAUUAACGUUAUCGCCAGCUCAAUUCAGCAGCUUCAGUCCACCUCAGUUCCACUCCCAGCACCUCGCAGGUCCUCCUUUUCUGCUGCCCGGACAAUCUCUGCUACUAAUGCUCCCGGACCAGAGCUGACUCCUGCCUUCGGACCCCCACAGACUCUCACACGUACAGGAACCGAGUAUUCCACCUCCAGGCAGGUAUUAUGGUGAUACUGAUGGUUGCAGGAAUUUUAUUACCCAUUGUGAGCUGACAUUACAAGCCCAGCCUGGUCGUUUUGGUGAUGCACAAAAAUUGGCGUACAUGGUCAAUCUAGAUGGACCUCCACUCAGCCUGCUCAAAGCUUUACGGAAGCAAGGAUACCCCGCAACCCAGUCGUUCCGACAUUUCGUUGCGGAGUUAAGGAAGGUUUUUAAUCUUGCAGUACGGGGUCAGGAGGCUGCCCACCGACUCCUGGACCUGUGCCAAGGCAGAGGAAUGGUGAGAGCCUAUGCAGUUAAAUUCCGUACCCUUGCAGUAGAGACUGGAUGGAAUGAGAGAUCUCCAUCACUGCCUUCCAGCGUGGACUGAAUGCAAGGGUCCGGCAUGAGGUCACUGUCCAGGAUGAGCAGGAUAGCCUGGAUGACCUGAUUAAUCUGGCUAUUCGAGUUGACGACCGGGUGACUGAGUGGUGCAGGGAAAGAAAGGUUCAAACUUCCUAUGCGCUGUCUGAUCACCGUCUUUCCUCAUCCUCUCUCCCUCUCUCACCACCCAGCACCCAGCCCACGGAGGAGCCUAUGCAAGUGGGGCGCAUGCGCCUGUCUCAGGAGGAAUGGGAGCAGCGCUGGAGAACAAGUUCCUGCCUCUGUUGCAGUGAUCCAGGACACUUCCGGGCGGCAUGUUCCAAGGGUCCGGUAAAAGAGAAAACCCGUCAGCAGGGAGGGGAAUCCUGAUGGGUCGGUUCUCUCUUCAGUCAGCUUCCCCUGAUUCUGUAAUGCUCGCAGCUUCCUUGUCGUGGAGGUCUCAGACCCAUGAACUUAAAGCUUUUAUUGACUCCGGUGCAGCCGGGAAUCUAGUGGACAUCUCUCUCGCUCAAAGAUGGGGAAUUCCAACUCAGAAAUUAAGAGUAAAGAUCAACGUCAAGGCGCUGGACGGUCGACCUCUGGGCACCGGCCAGAUUCACCUUUCCACCCAGCCCCUCCAACUGGUGCUCGAAGGCAACCAUCAUGAAGAAAUAUCUUUCUAUCUGGUUAAUUCACCUGAACUGCCACUGGUACUUGGUCUCCCCUGGUUAUCCCAACAUAACCCACGGAUCAAUUGGUCUCUGAAGGUGCUCCAAGAGUGGGGACCGGCGUGCCUCUCUACCUGUCUGGGUCCAGCUCAAACUCCAUUCCAUGAAUCCCCUCCUGUGUCUGCUAAGGAUGUAGGCCUGUCUGGGAUUUCGGCUGAAUAUGUGGAUCUCCUUGAGGUUUUCAGUAAAAGAAAGGCCACCACCCUGCCCCCACACCAGCCAUACGACUGCGCUGUAGACCUCCUACCUGGUACUAGUCCUCCCCGGGGCCGGCUCUUUUCCCUCUCUCGUCCCGAAACGGUGGCCAUGGAGGAAUACAUCAAGAAGGCAUUGAGCAUGGGGUUUAUCCAUCUGUCAACCUCACUGGCAGGAGGGGGCUUCUUUGUAGUGAGCAAGAAAGGUGGCAAGCUUUGUCCCUGCAUCAAUUAUCGGCCCCUGAACAUCACUGUGAAGAACCGCUACUCUCUUCCCCUGCUGGCGUCUGCAUUUGAACAUCUCCAGGGAGCAACCAUGUUUCCAAAAUUUAUCUGCGCAAUGCCUACAAUCUGAUCCGCAUAAGAGAAGGGGAUGUGUGAAAGAUGGCUUUCAGCACCUCUAAUGGACGCUAUGAGUAUCUGCUGAUGCCUUUUGGUCUGGCCUCUAUAUUCCAGGCCUUGGUUAACUAUGUGCUCAGGGACAUAUUGAACCAGUUUGUGUUUGUGUAUUUAGAUAACAUCCUUAUCUAUUUCCGCUCUCGUCAGAUGCCUUCUUGAAAAUAAUCUGUAUGCCAAGCCUGAAAAAUGUGGCUUCCAUGAAGACCAGGUGUUGUUUUUGGUCUAUAUACUUACCCCAACCAGUAUUCAAAUAGACCCUAGUAAAGUUCAGGCAGUUGCAGAGUGGCCCAAACCCUCUACAGUGAAACAGGGACAGCGCUUCAUGGGGUUUGUGAACUUUUAUUGCUGUUUCAUCUGAAAUUUUGUCUCUAAUGCGGUUCCAAUUAACGCACUCAAGAAGACCUCGGCAGGAUUCCAUUGGACAGAUGAUGCUGACCGAGCAUUUUUAGAUUAUGAAGACACGCAGUCCUCUUUUAUUGUCAUUUAGUAAUGCAUGCAUUAAGAAAUGAUACAAUAUCUCCUCCGGUGUGAUAUCACAAAACACAGAACAGACCAAGACUGAAAAAAACUAACAAAACCACAUAAUUAUAACAUAUAGUUACAACAGUGCAACAAUACCAUAAUUUGAUGAAGAAGUCCAUGAGCACAGUAAAAGUUCAAAGUCUCAAAUGUCCCACAUCUCAUGCAGAUGGAGAGAAGGAAGAAAAACUCUCCCUGCCAUACCCGACCACGGUCCAACUCUGAGUCAUCUGAAAACUUGGAGCUCUGAUUAUCUCCCCGACACUGAAUGCUGAGUGCCAUCUCUAUCCGAACGAUUCGACCUCCUUCUCGGUCACCAACAGCAGGCAAAGCCGGGGAUUUUGAGACCUUCCCUCCGAAAGAUUCCCGACCGCGCAGUAACGACAGCAGCGAAUGAGCGUUUCAGAAAUUUUUCCAGAUGUUCCUCUGUGCUUUCACGUCCAUCUUCAUCAUUUUCAGAGCUAAAGCAAUGUUUCACCACUGCCCCGCUGCUGCAACACCCAGACCCAUCUCAUUCAUUGAUGAGGUGGAUGCAUCCGAUGUAGGCAUUGGAGCUGUCCUCUCUCAGUGCUGGCCUGCGGAUAGUGGGAUGCAUCAUGUGCCUUUCUUUCCUGUCACUUGACUCUGGUCGAGAGGAAUUAUGACGUUGGAAACCAGGAGCUUCUGGCUGUCAGGGAGGUCCUGGAGGAAUAGUGACACUGGCUGGAGGUGGCAGAGCAUCCAUUCUUGGUCUGGUCAGAUCGCAAGAACCUCUCCUACAUUCAGGAUGCAAAGAGGCUCAACCCUCAUCAAGCCCAAUGGGCUGUCUUCUUCACAUGGUUCAAUUUCAUCCUCACCUAUUCUCCCGGCAGCAAGAAUACAAAGGCCGACGCUCUCUCCCGGCAGUUCGACGGAUCUGAGGACAAUGCCAAUCCAGAGCCCAUUUUUCCUUGCUUGUGUAUCGCUGCUCCGGUGAUCCGGGGAAUAGAUGCAGAGGUGAAGGCCCUCAACAAUCAGAUCCAGGCCCGGAUGGUGUUCCUCCCAACUGGCUGUUUGUUCCUGCUGCAGUGCGUUCCAAAGUGCUGGAAUGGGGUCACUCCUCCUGUCUGGCUGGACAUCCGGGAAUUCAAUGGACUCAGGAGUUUAUACAGAGACAAUUUUGGUGGUCAUCUAUGUCCCAGGAUGUCCAUGACUUUGUGUUUGCCUGUCCCACCUGCGCUCAAAACAAGACAUCACGCCAGUGUCCUGUGGGUCUGUUAUGUCCACUGCCUGUGCUCCACCGCCCCUGGUCCCACUUCUCAGAUUUCAUCACUGGUCUGCCCCCGUCUAAUGGAACACCACCAUUUUGGUUGUUGUGGAUCGAUUUUCCAAGGCUGUCCACGUCAUUGCCCUCCCCAAGCUCCCAUCGGCUUGUGAGACUGCCACACCACUCAUGGUUCAACAUGUGUUCAGGCUCUACGGCUUUCCUCAAGACAUAGUGUCUGAUCGUGGACCACAGUUCACUUCCCGCUUUUGGAAGGCUUUCUGCUGUCUUGUAGGAGCCACGGCCAGCCUCUCAUCUGGCUUCCACCCCCAAUCCAAUGGCCAGACUGAGGGAGUGAACCAGGAGCUGAAGACAACCCUGUGCUGUCUUGCCUCUUCCAACCCCAUGCCCUGGAGCUCCCAGUUGGUUGGUUUCGACAGAGAUCGCCCACAAUAAUCUCCAGUUGUCCUCCACCGCUAGGUCUCCCUUUGAAUGCCAGAAGGGGUUCCAACCCCCACUCUUCCCUGAUCAGGAUAUUGACGUAAGAGUUUUUGCUGCUGAGCAGCUGAUCCAGCGCUGCAAGCACACCUGGAGGCGAGCCAGGGCUUCUCUGCUGCGCACGCAGAAACAGCAUUCCCGGCAGGCUGAUCGGCUCUGUCGACAGUGCUCAUCGAGACUUGAACCCAGCACAGCAAGGCUUCGCUGCCCGCUUGCAUUUGGCCUUGCCUGAGAAAUUGAACUGUUGAGUCAACUGACUAUGAAGACUAACGCAGUGUUUGGGUUAUGUUUGGAGAUAACGGGUGCUUUGGAAUGUGAGCUGGGUCCUUUGUUCAACGUGAGAUGUGGAGAGAAGACGCCAGAGAGAACCAAUCAUAGGAUUCGACCUGGUGGGGGACCGUGAUUCGAUGGAGCAAGGUUGAAGAUCGGUGAAUGUGAAUUUUGGGAAGAGUUGAGCUCCAACUUGUGCACAUUUGACUGUUUAAUUAUAAUGAGCCCUUUUUGUUUUUUCUUUCUCUUCUUUAUUAAUCCUUUAGUUAAGAUUCAUACAUAUAUUCCUUUAAUCGUAUGCAGUGUGCUGUCUGUUAUUUCUUGGAACUGAGCUGUAACAGGGUAGCAAAUGAAUUGAAUUGAAUUGACUUUAUUUCUUACAUCUUUCACAUACAUGAGUAAAAAUCUUUGUAAUCAUAGUAAUUUAUAAUAAAUAGAACAGUCAAUGUAACAUAGAAUACACUCAGAUCAGUGUGAGUUAAUUAUAAUCAGUCUGAUGGCCUGGUGGAAGAAGCUGUCCAGGAUCCUGUUGGUCCUGGCUUUUAUGCUGCGAUACCGUUUCCCGGAUGGUAGCGGCUGGAAAAGUGUGUGGUUGGGGUGACUCGGGUCCCCAGUGAUCUUACACACCUGUCCUUGCAAAUGUCCUGAAUCAUGGGAAGUUCACAACUACAGAUGCGCUGGGCUGUCCGCACCACUCUCUGCAGAGUCCUGCGAUUGAGGGAGGUAGAGUUCCCAUACCAGGCAGUGAUGCAGCCAGUCAGAAUGCUCUCAAUUGUGCCCCUGUAGGAAGUUCUUAUGAUUUGGGGGCCCAUACCAAACUUCCUCAACCAUCUGAGGUGAAAAAGGCGCUGUUGUGCCUUUUUCACCACAUAGCUGGUGUGUACAGACCACGUGAGGUCCUCGGUGAUGUGGAUGCUGAGGAACUUAAACUGUUAACCCUCUCAACCCCAGAUCCAUUGAUGUCAAUAGGGGUUAGCCCGUCUUCAUUCCUCCUGUAAUCCACAAUCAGCUCGCUUGUUUUUGCAACAUUGAGGGAGAGGUUGUUUUCUUGACACGCUGUGUCAGAGAGAUGACUUCUUCCCUGUAGGCCACCUUGUUAUUGUUUGAGAUAAGGCCAAUGUGACCAGUGUCAUCAGCAAAUUUAAUUAGCAGAUUUGAGCUGUGUGUGGCGACACUGUCAUGGGUAUAUAGGAAGUAAAGGAGGGGACUUAGUACACAGCCUUGAGGGGCUCCUGUAUAGAGAGUCAGAGGGGUGGAGGUGUUGGAGCCCACUAUUACCACCUGCUGGUGAUCUGACAGGAAGUGUAGGAUUCAGCUGCACAAGGCAGGGUCAAGGCCGAGGUCUCUGAGCUUCUUGUCAAGCCUGGAGGGAAUUAUGGUGUUGAAUGCUGAACCGUGGUCCAAGAACAGCAUUCUCACAUAAGCAUCCUUCUUCUCCAGAUGUGUAAGGACGGUAUGUAGAGUAGUGGCUAUUGCGUUGUGUCGGUAGGCAAAUUGUAGGGGGUCCAGCUGCAGAUAUAAUCCUUGACCAGCCUCUCAAAGCAUUUGCUUAUUACUGAGGUGAGUGUGACACUCACGCGUUGGCUCCAAGCGCCAUACCCCGGUAAACCGCUUCAGCUGGCGGGCUAAACCACGUGAGGGGGUGGUGUUAACAGGCACCACUGGGCGACAUGAUGAAGUCACCGGCCGUGACAGAAAGGUUCUCAGAUGAAAUAUAACGGCCAAGUGUUCACGACCAAGGUGAGCCACCCAGUUGGAGGAAACUGGCUGUGGUCAAACCUGGAGAGGGAUGGGCUCCACCAGGUUUCAGAUGCCCAAGACAAGCUGCAUGAUGAGCACACCAAAAAGCUGGUGCAAAGCUUGCCAUGACGGCGCCCCAACAACUCCACUAGGAGUUAAGGGUGCAAGAAGAAGAAGAAGAAGAGGAGAUUUACGAGGAUGUUGCCUGGAUUGGGGAGCAUGUGUUAUGAGAAUAGGUUGAGUGGACUUGGCCUUUUCUCCUUGGAGUGAUGGAGGAUGAGAGGUGACCUGAUAGAGCUGUAUAAAUUGAUGAGAGGCAUUGAUCGUGUGGAUAGUCAGACGCUUUUCCCCAGGGCUGAAAUGGCUAGUACCAGAGGGCAUAGUUUUAAGGUACUUGGAAGUAGGUACAGAGGGGAUGUCAGGGGUAAGUUUUUUACUCAGGGUAGUGAGUGAAUGGAAUGGGCUGCCAGCAGCGGUGAUGGAGGUGGAAACGAUAGGAUCUUUUAAGAGACUCCUGGAUGGCUACAUGGAGCUUAGAGAAAUAGAGGGCCUAGGUAGUUCUAAGGUAGGGACAGGUUCGGCACAGCUUUGUGGGCCGAAGGGCCUGUAUUGUGCUGUAGGUUUUCUAUGUUACUUUUUUAAAAUUGUUUUAAAAAAAUUUUUACGUUUUUAUUAAUCACUAAUUUUUAUUGCAACACUGACAAAUUACAUUCAAUACAACCAGUUGCCGAUUACAUUUUGACUGUUUCACCCCAACCUUCAUCACCUCUCCACCCCUCUCUCUCCCCCCCAUCCCUCUCCCCUCCAACAACCGAGUAGCAGUGCAUACGCAGACAGAGCAUUCCUAUUUUAACAGAAGAUCUUUGAAGUUAGAUAUCAAAUUUGUCCACAUUAAGAUUGUGUUUGGCCGUGCAUCAUUUACUCUUGCUGAUGAAAGUUCCAGGUAAGAAAUGUCCAAAAAGCUCUGAAGCCAGUGAGUAUUUGAAAUAUCAUGGGGAGGUUUCCAACGCUGGACUACAAUCUUCUUAGCUGCAGUCCGGCCUGCCAGCCAGGUUUUGCAUGUUUUUUCCGUAAGGGAAAGGCGGGAGUCAUCAUUAAGAAGAUGUACAGCGGGGUCCAUUGGUAAUUGUAUCCCCAUUAGUUCUGUAAGAGUACUGAUAACCUUCCCCCACAAACCAAAAACCCCUGGACAUUCCCAUACAACAUGUAUAAAAGAAUCAAUGCCUCCAUGGGGGCAAAAUGAACAAUAAGGGUCAGGAACGAGUUCCAUUUGAUGUCUAAUUCUCGGUGUUAGAUAUGCUCUAUGACAAAAUUUCAACUGUAUAUACCAAUGAUUUGGGUUUUUCGAAGCACCAGCAGCAUUAUCCCAAAUCGCAUCUCAGUCUAAGUCUUGUCCCAAUUCAGAUAUGUCCCUAUCCCAGGCUUUCAUUCUUGAUGUGGACAUAUAAUUCUGGGAGUUUAAUUUAUCAUAGAUAUAUGACACUAUCUGUCCUGGAGCACUCUGUAUCCAACUUAAAAUGGGAUGGUCCUUUAAAUCUGACCCCCAGGGAACACUGUAGGCUUUACAAGCUGAUCUUACUCUAAAGUAGAAGAAAAGAGAGUGUUUAUCAAUAUUAUAUCGAGAUACCAGUUCUUGAAAGCUAAGGAUAGUACUUGCCCCAUUAAUAUCUUGAGGAGUAGUAAUACCUUUAUCCUCCCAAGUUCUGUUAGUGAAUGGUUUCCCCCCAGACAGAGGAUGAUUAUUGCUCCAGAAUGGAGAUGAUUUGCACCAUACGCUUUUAAAUUUUAGGAAUUUUUCUGCUGCUCUAAACACUUACAGCAUAUGGGUUAAAAUGGACUGUAAUAUAAAUCACCUUUUUUGGUAGACAUACCUAUAAGGAGAAAGUCCUUCAACCUUAUUGGUGCUAUUAGCUCUUGUUCUAUAUUUUUCCAUGACAAAACUUUAUCCUCCUCCAUCCAAUAGCUAAGACUUUUUAAUACAAAUAUCCAGUGAUACAGUUUAAAAUUUGGACAUGCUAAUCCCCCAUCCGAUUUUUUGAAUUGUAGAGCUGACCACUUUGUAUUGGGUCAUUUACCAUUCCAAAUAUAGCAUCGUAGUAAGAAACACACAUAAAAGUUGCUGGUGAACGCAGCAGGCCAGGCAGCAUCUCUAGGAAGAGGUACAGUCGACGUUUCAGGCCGAGACCCUUUGUCAGGACUAACUGAAGGAAGAGCUAGUAAGAGAUUUGUAAAACAAUUUGCAAUCUCCCAUGACUAUAGUAACAUUGACCUUUUUACAUACAUUUUCUCAUCUACCGUUGUAAUUUGUACCCCACAUCCAGAUUACCGUUCAGAAACUUGUACAUAACUGCCAUCAGGUCUUUUUACCCUUGUAGUUUCUAAAUUCUACCCACAAAGUUUCUAGCAACACACAUCAAAGUUGCUGGUGAACACAGCAGGCCAGGUACCAUCUCUAGGAAGAGGUACAGUCAACGUUUCAGGCCGAGACCCUUCGUCAGGACUAACUGAAGGAAGCAAUAGU